UGCUGAACCAGAGUGGAAGGUUAUUUGAUGAAAUAAAUAUUUUCAGUCAAACACCGGUGCAAUUUUGCGGGAAAUUUGCAGAGAAAAUAGAAAAUUUCAGCGCUUUGCUACACCAAUCUCGCUUCAUAUAUCCAGCCAUAUUUCAAAAUGACAGUGGAUUCAUUGUUUCUUGAAAACAUAGAAGAGUUUGUGAACGAUGAAAAUAAAAUCGUUACUUACAAGUGGCUCAGUCAGACCCUGAAUGUGAACUGCAACACAGCAAAACAGAUGUUAUUCAAGUACAUUGAUACAGUGCGGAAUGACAAGAACAAGGAUGACAUCAGUGCUACAUACUUCAUCUCUGGUCUGUCAAAGCCUGAUAUAGAUGGGGUUCAGGCAUUUAAGUCUGCAGUAAUACCAGAGGAGAAGCUGGGGUCAUACAAGGACUCCUACAUGGUUGUCACAAGCUGCCACGUCUACAGUGUGCAGAAGUCCACAUUGAAGGAUUCCAAUGCCCUGUACAUGACUGAUUUUGAAAAAUUUAAAGAAAAUGUCUUCAACUCUAAUAAGUACAGCAGUAUUCAGUGUGAGAGGGCCGAGCUGCGGUCCAGGGAGGAGAUGGAGAUGCUGACCAUGAAGAUGGUGCCUGCAGCAGACACGGAGAAGUCUUUUCAGAAGGCAGCUCCUUCAGCAGUCAGUAAGCCUGUGCAAAAGGCUAUGCCCAAGUCUGCCAUUGCGAGCAUGUUUGCAAAGACUGAGAACAGCAAGGGGGGUCCUGUGAAGGAGACUGCCAAGUCUGAACCUGCUAAGGCUGCUAAGAUUGAAGAUGCAAAACCUGCCAAAACUGAAACUGCAAAGUCUGCCAAGACUGGACCAGCAAAGGCAGAUGGAAAGAAGACAGAGGCAGCCUCUAAGAAGUCAGAUGGUGGUAUGAAGUCUUUCUUUCCCAAACAACAAACAGAGUCCUCAAAACCAGCAUCAGUUACAACUAAAAAAGAUGAAAAACCCAAAGAAGUAAAGAAGGAAAUACAAAAAUCACCUGAAAAGCCUGCAUCAAAGAAAACUGCCCGCAAAGAGGACUCGGAUGAUGAGCCAAUAUUUAUCAGUAAGCGUCGUAAAACAGACCAAGAUUUAUUUGCAAGUGACAGCGGUGAGGGGGAAGAGAUGGAGGAGGAGUCUGAGUGCCCCCUACCCCCCAGCCCCCCUGGGGCCAAAGAGGCGUCACCAGAGCCAGAAGAGCCAGUGAAGAAGUCGCCCACAAAACAGCAGGUGUCUAAGGUGGACACUGGGAAAACCUCUGGCACAGGCUCUAGACGAAUAAGAAAGCGAAAACAGGUCAACAAGACGUACAUGGAUAAGGAUGGAUUCAUGGUUACUGAGAAGGUCUGGGAGAGUGAGUCCACAGAUGCCUCCGAGAGUGAGGAACCAGUGAAGAAAGACGUCAAGAAGCCUGCUGUCAAGUCACCCGCCAAGGGAGGAGGGAAGAAGGCCUCCCCCAAGAAGAAGCCCUCCCCUAGUAAAACAAACUCAGCCAAACAGACAUCUUUAACCGCAUUCUUCAAAAAAUCCUGAUCCAGUUUUCUGCAACAUCUAUUCCAAUAAGCUGGUAUUUUAACAGGAAUAGUUACUUGGUCGUGGUUGCAAGAUGCUUAUGUUUUGUUUUUCUGUAAACUCUUUGCUUUUUGGAAAUUACAUGAAUUUAUGUGAUUCAAUAAAAUAUAUGUGAAAUUCA